UGUAAUUAUUACACCAGGUUGUCUUGGAUUUAAGAUGAAUAUCUAUGGACAUAAAGCCAGAAAGUCCUUUAUUGGUACCAAACUUCAGAUUUUGAAAUUUGUUGAAAGAGUUUCAGGUGAAGCGUCGUUCAAAUCAUGGAUGGACAUGACUCAGAAGAUCCAAAACAAAGCCCUGCUGAUAUGACUGUUUUUGUGCAAAAUCUUCUUCAGCAGAUGCAAACUAGGUUCCAGACAAUGUCCGACUCCAUUAUUUCAAAGAUUGACGAUAUGGGAGGCCGUAUAAAUGAGUUGGAGCAAAGCAUCAAUGACCUAAGAGCAGAGAUGGGAGUGGAGAGCUCUCCAUCACCUGUGGCCCCUGCUAAGCCAGAGGAAGAAGAGUCAAACAAAGAAGGUUCGGCAUAAGUAGCAUCCAACUACCUUAUUUAUUGUCUCAUGAUACAUCAGGAUUUUGUCCCUGUAUCUUGUGAGUGUGGAAUUGAUUCAGAAUUCAGAUACUUGUCAUGGAACAUAAGUGCUCUCUCUUUUAUAGCUAAAGUUCAUCUUUCUGUUAAAUUAUUGUACUGCUGAAUAAUUUUUCUUUUUCUGAUUUGAGUGAGAAAUUUGUUAUAUUA